CUACGAGCUACAGCAACAGCAUCAUCAUAUCAUAUCCCCUCGGUCUUCGCUCCUUCCCUCUCCUUCCGUCGUGGCAUAUAAAUCCCGCUCCGAACCGCUUUGCCCCCUCGCCUCGCGAUCCGAAUGCCCGUUAUGACGACGACCAGCAGCGGUUCGCCGCAGGAGGAGGAAGAGGAGGAGUUCUAUGAGUCCUUGGACCGGAUCCUGUCGUCGUCGUGCUCCACCUCCGCCUCCGCCUCCGAUGAUGAGUCCUCUGUGGUCGGGCACCGCCGCCGGGGCCGCCUCCGCCUCCCCCCGCUGCGCUCCCUCGACGUCUGGUUCUCCGAACCGGCCUCCGUCGAGGAGCGCCGCCGCCGCCUCCUCCGCCACCUCGGCCUCGCCGGCGACCCCGCCCUCUCCCGCCCCGGACCCACCGGCGCCAUCGCUCCGAUCCGGGACCCUGGGAUGGGUAGAUCCGCCUCCUCCCCUGACCCCAUCCCUGCCUUCCCCUCCGGAAAUGCCCGGUCCCGAUCCGACUGCUCCGUGGUUCCUGGUCCACGGAGCAAACCCCUAACCCAGCAGCAGUUCUCGAGAAAGCCGCCUCUCGACGCGAGAUUUCGGAUUCUUGAGGUCUCCCAGAGCAAUCGCCGGGUCGAUGGAGAAAAUUUGUGCGACGACCCCCGUUACUUGAUCAAGAGUCUCGACGACGGGAGGGAAUUCCUGGUGAAGGAGUUCCGCGAGGACGGGAUGUGGAACACGCUCAGCGAGGUCGGGACAGGACGGCAGCUCACGGUGGAGGAGUUCGAGUUGUGGGUCGGGAAAUCCCCCAUCGUUCAAGAAUUGAUGAGGCGUCAGAAUUUGGAGGACUCCACCAACAGCAGCGGCCACCCCGGAGGCCCUGGUGGCGGUGGGUCCGGGGGAGGGUCGAGGUGGAAGAAGAGGGGAAGUUGGCUCAGAAGCAUCAAGAAUGUAGCUGGGACCAUGGUAGGCAGAGGGCACAACCGCGACCGCAGGAGCAGUGAUGAGAAAGAUUCUUCGUCAGAGAAGGGAGGGAGGAGGCCGAGCUCGGCCACCGAUGAUAGCCUGGACGGUUCCCAUUGCCUCCGUCAUGACCUCAAGAAAAUUAAAGUCCGGCAGUAUGGUAAGUCCCAAAAAGACCUCAGUGGGUUGUUCAUGAGCCAGGAACUUCAGGCGCAUAAUGGGUCCAUCUGGAGCAUCAAAUUCAGCUUGGAUGGGCGCUACUUGGCCAGUGCAGGGGAGGAUCGAGUCAUCCAUGUGUCGGAGGUCUUGGAGAUUGACAGCAUGGGAGAUUUGCUGAAUGAUAAGGCUUCAUGGGGGAAUGAUAGUUGCAAUCCAUCUAUUGUGUCGGUUAUCGAAGGUUUGCCGGAGCGAUUGUCUUUGGCUAAUCCAGAGAGGAACCACUGGGAAAAGGAGAGAAGAGCAAAGGUCGUGGGCAGUAGGAAAUCUCUGUGUUUGGACCCUCUGGUGGUACCAGAUUAUUUGUUUUCUCUGUCAGAGAAGCCUGUGCACUCUUUCCGAGGACACCUAGAUGAUGUCCUUGAUCUCUCUUGGUCCAAAUCGCAGUAUCUGCUUUCGUCUUCAAUGGACAAAACAGUUCGACUUUGGCACAUGUCAAGCAAUUCCUGUUUAAAAGUAUUCUCACAUAGUGACUAUGUAACUUGCAUUCAGUUUAAUCCCGUUGAUGACCGAUACUUCAUCAGUGGUUCUCUUGAUGAGAAAGUCCGAAUAUGGAGUAUUCCAGAACGUCAAGUUGUUGAUUGGAAUGAUUUGCAUGAGAUGGUCACUGCUGCUUGUUAUACCCCUGAUGGCCAGGGUGCUCUAGUUGGUUCACACAAGGGGACUUGCCACUUGUACGACACAUCUGACAAUAGGCUUCUUCAGAAAACUCAAGUUGACUUGCAAAGCAGAAAAGGGAAGUCUAAACACAAGAAAAUCACUGGUUUCCAGUUUGCCCCUGGCAAUUCCUCAAAGGUGCUAGUAACAUCUGCAGAUUCACGAAUUAGGGUUCUUGAUGGUGAUGAACUGGUCCACAAAUUUAAAGGGUUUCGCAACACAAGCAGCCAAAUAUCAGCUUGCUUGACUACUAAUGGAAAGCAUGUGAUUUGUGCUAGUGAGGACUCUCAUGUCUAUGUAUGGAGAUAUGACGAUUCCCGAAUAAGCAAAAGCAAAGAUGCUACCACCAUGACACAAUCUUACGAAUAUUUCCACACCAAGGGUGUGACUGUGGCUGCUCCUUGGCCAAACACCAGUACGAGGAAAAUGGUGAGAGCUUGCCCCAACAAACAGGAUGAGCUCGAUGGAGAAUGUCAAACAAAUGCACCAUCAAUGGCAGGGACUAACAGACCCCAGCUUUCACCUUCACUCGUUUGCCGUUGCAUUGAUUCCCACCAGCAUAGUACCCUUCGCAAUACAAACUUGAAUCGGUUUAGCGAUAGGGCUUCUGCAACUUGGCCUGAAGAGCUCAUGACAGCUAAUAAACAGAGUCCUCAAUGCAAUGGUGAUUUUUGCAGUGCAGGCACAACAGCCCAAAGUAUGUCAGCCUGGGGAUUGGCGAUUGUGACUGCAGGCUGGGGUGGUGAAAUUAGAACAUUUCAAAAUUUUGGCUUUCCAGUACAGACAUGAAGCCAGCUGCUCUGCAAUAAUGGAGUCUCUUUAGCUAUUGAAGCUCUUGCAUUCAAAUGUUUCUCAGCUACUACUUGCUAGGUUGAUCCUGUUGCAGUUUUGUUGCUUGCUAAAUGGCUAUGUGGGGCUGCAUCAUUGUUCGCUUCUGCAGUAGCUUGGUUGAUUUGCAAGAGAACCAAUCGGCUUCGAAGACUUAGAUAUCUCUACGGAACUUUUUAGACUAUCAAAUUAUGAAACCAGCAUUGUUGUACAAAUUUAAAGUUGGAAGUCAUCUGAGAUUUCUUACGCUGUCAUGCCUUUCUUUGCAGUCUUAGGUUUCCUCAUAUUCCACAUUAUUAUUUUUUUUACUAUGUUAUUGUAAGCUGCAAGAAAGUUACAAUGCAUUUCGGUUAUCAGUUCCAUAAUUCUGCCUAUUUUUCGGACAAAA